AUGAAAUCAGUAGAAAAAAAAACAUUAGCAGCCAUGAAUAAAGAAUCGAAGAAGCGUGAAAAAACUGCUUCCAAUCUAAAUGAAAGCAUUAAAGCCAAAUUAAAAGAAUCGUUGACGCAAAACCCCGUGGUCACUGGUGAUACAGCGUCAAAUCAAAUUUCGAGAACGAGACAGAGUAACGUGAAGAAAGAGGGAUUUUACAACUUCAAGAGCAUGUUGUUGCGAAGCGUGGAGUCGCAGGGCGUUGCCGAACAGAAGAAAGCGAACAAACACACGAAAAAACGUGCGAAAAGUGUCAGAACCGAAAAGUAAUCUCCAUCUAUCAACCGAGAACGAACGCGACCGGAAAAUGGAUCUGCAGAGAUCCCUUUUCAGUGAAUCCUAACGAGAUACGCUUGUAAAUUUAUUUCCUACGUUACUAUGU